AUGGAAAGCACCAACGUUACGGUCCCCGUGGUGCCGGCCACGCUUCCGGUGAUCGACAUUUCGCCACUCACCAAAUCUUCAUCUUCAAGCGCGGAUGCUGAAGCGGCGGCCCUCCAGAAGGUGGUGGAUGAGCUGCGAGAGGCGUGCCUCCGAUUCGGCUUCUUCUACAUCAAAAAUCAUGGAAUUGACGAAAAUCUCAUCGCGAGGUUGUUCGCCGAGGGCAAGCGAUUCUUCGGCGAGUGCCCUCACGACAAGAAGGAGAGCAUCCACAUGCGCAACAACGCCGUGUUUCGGGGCUGGUUCGAGCUGCAGGGCGAGUACACCUCCAAGAAGAAGGAUUUCAAGGAGGGACUCUACUUUGGUGCCGAGCUGGGCGAUGACGCUGAGGAGGUGAAAGCCAAGUUGCCGAUGCAUGGACGAAACCAGUGGCCUGACCCGGAGCUGUUCCCGGGCUUCGACAAGCUCAUCAUCGACUACAUGGACGCUCUCACGGAGCUGGGACAUCAGGUGAUGCGGGGCAUUGCGCUGUCCCUCAAUUUGAGCGAGAACUACUUCAGAGAGCAGUUUACGUCGUCGCCGUUCACGCCCUUCCGCCUGUUCUACUACCCGGCCGACCCCUUGCCCAGGGAGGAACAGUGGGGCGUCGGCCAACACACAGAUUACGGCGUGCUGACGAUCCUGGGCCAGGACGACGUGGGCGGACUCGAGGUGCUGACGAAGGACGGCCAGUGGAUCGCAGCUCCGCCCAUUCCCGGCACCUUCGUCGUCAAUAUUGGUGACAUGCUGGAGACCUGGACCUGCGGAUUGUACAAGGCGACGCCGCAUCGGGUGAAGAACAGCAGCGCCGUUGACCGGCUCUCGGCGCCGUUCUUCUUCGACCCCAACUUCAAGUGCCUCGUGUCGCCGCUCGAGCACUGCCGGCGCGAACUCGAAGCCAAGGGGCAGGUGGCGGCCGAGCCCCGCGAGCCGAUCCUGUACGGCCGGUACAUUCUCAACAAGGUGCUGGCCAACUUCCCCGAGCUCCAGAAGGACGCCCUCACCGAGAUCAGCCCUUGA